CUUUUAAUCUUAAAGCUACUGCUUACUGUGCACAAAAAUAUUUGCCUUCGUUAUUAUUCAGCAUUAUAAUUACUAUCUUUUGGUAAUUUAAUCAAAAUAUUCUAAAGUUUACUUAGUAGUGAACUAAAAUGAAUGUCAAUGUUAAAGUUGCAAUCGUUUUUCUCUUCUGGAUACCAUUAUUUAUGGUUCUAAAUAAUAUUAAGAACGAUGUAACAUCUUCUAAAGUUAACGAAGCAUUUUUGAUCAAUUCAAAGGAUCAUGGGAAAAUUCAAGAAGUAAACAUAUUCAUGAAAAUUAUUGAAGAUUUAAAAUUGAAGCAGUUUGAUUUGAUGGUACAUGAAACCAUUUUUGGAGUAAUAAAUUACUGGAAUAAGUUCUACAACUCGGACUCUAUUAAAAACUUGAUUUCAACAAUCUUAAGAUGUACAACAGAUGCACUGAUUACUCUUCCAUUAAUGACAAAAAUUGUCAGUUUUGAAAAUAAUCUGCAGUGUGAAGUAACUAAAAAAUCAUUGCCACUUGUCUUUUCAAUCUCUCAAGGAAUCAUUAUUACUGAGAUUUUAAAUUUUCUCAUAAAACCAACACUGGCAGGAAUUAAUUUUCCCCCUGAGAGACGAAGAUACAAUUAUAUUACAUUACAGAUACGCAAGAACAUAACCUUAAAACAUUUUCAAAAAAAAAAAUAUAAUAAAGUUUUAGCAAUGGACAUACUUGAUAAUUACGUAUUUGAUUCAUAUGAAGAUUUAUUUAUAUUCGGUAAAAAAAUAACAGAAGGUUCUGAAGGUUCUGAAUUUCAUAAAUGUUCCCUACACGAUUCUAAUUUAUAUGAAAAAUUAAGAUUCGAAGGCAAUAUUGAAAAUAAAAAUUGCUUAAAUUUGAAUUUAGUGAUUAAACGUAUACACAACAUUUAUAGUCGCGAGGAGAUUAAUUUAAUAAACCUUCGAAUAAAAAGAUUGUUUUUUGAUUAUGUGGAAAAUGACCUAUUUGACACCGUGAGCUUUGAUGAUUAUUACGCCAUACAAGAUUUCUUAACUAAUAAUUAUAUUACGACAAAUUUGUCAUUUCCCAGUCUUUGGAGAAUAAAGAAAGCAAUGUACAGUUUAGCUCUUCGGCAGUUUGAUGCAAUUUCUUCAACGGCUUCAUCAACAGAAACUUUAUAUUGCUUACCAAAAAAUGACUCAAAGAGGAUUACUGAUAAUGGAUUUCUAACAUUUGAUGAAUUUAUUAUUUGUCAUAAUGAUUUAAGUAAUGUGGACAAUUAUGGAAUUCAAUUUAAUAAUAAUCCUUCCACUCGAAUUUAUAAACUUAUAAUAAAGCAGCUUUUCUUGGUCGUUCAUUUGAAAAUUAUUGAUAAAGACUUAAAUAGUUAUGUAAUUUUCCCAGGUACUGAAUUUAUGGGAGUAUACGAUAAUAAUACUGUUAUAAUUGGUGAGAAUUCAGUGCCUGUUGUAACUCUAGAGAGUGUUACAGUUAAAAAUUGUGAAUGGCUAGCAAAUGUUGCAAAUAAGGCUUCGCAUUUUGUGAAAUUAGCGAAGAAUCCAGUCAUAGAAGAAGAAGAAUACUGCGUAUAAAAUUCAUAAUAAUUGUGUAAACGUUAAAUAAACAGUUACUAUGUAGUA